AUGGAAUUCCGAGAAACGUUACUAGCUGCCCAACGAAAUCAACAACAAAAGUCAUCUGAAAAUUGUUACUAUAAAGCUCGUUUCGAUCCUCCUAAAAAGGAGCAAAAGGUAAAAGACAGACUUUCAGCAAAUAUACAAAAGUUUUUGGCAAAAAAAGAAGAGGAAGAAAGGCAAAAAAAGUUAGAGGCUCAAAGAAAACGUGAAGAAUUAAUUGCUAUGCGCGAUCCGAAGGCUUUGAGGAAGAUUCAAAAGACUCUAAAAGUAAUUAAGUCUGCCAAUAAGUCUGUGAUAGAAGAUGCAGUGGAUAGAAAUAACACAGCAGUCACCCGGGAAGGGCCUGAUCAACCUGACCAAGAUGACUAUGGUUACGAAUCCCAAGAGGCUUCUGCUCUCUAUGAGAAAAUGAUGCAAAAAUAUAGUAAAAUACCUGAUGAACCAAAAUUUCCCACAAAAAAUAAUUCAGUAAGUAAAGAUCUCAAUGGUACAAGGGAGAGAGUCAAAAAUGCUUUGCAACAUGAAGAUGAGCCAGUGCCACACAAAAGAAGACGUAAAGGUGACAAUAAUGAGAAAGAACUAAGUCCACCACCAAAAUAUGAGCCAGAAAAGAAAAGGGAAGAAAAGUCCGAAAAACCCAAAAUAAGAAAACCUGCUCCACCUCCAAUGGACUUCAACCAGCUGUUAAAACUUGCUGAAAAGAAGAAGAGUGAACCAGUAGACAUUGUUGUCAAAAAGCAAGUGACAGAACCAGAACCUGACCGUCUUAUGACUAAGAAACAAAAGAGGGAGUACGAAGAAGAAAUGGCUCGACGUCAACGUAGACAGGAGCGUAUUGAAGCUGAAAAAAGUGGGAACCGAAAACUUCCAAAGGAUGACAAGCCUGUAGAAAGGGAAAAGAGACAAGAACCUAGUAGUAUUGGUCGUAUACCCAAGCUCGGAGAUAAAAACUCUGGAAAUCACAAAAAUAACAGUAUAAAAACGUCUGAUAAGGAAAAAGAAAAAUCCAUAAGUGACAAGGAAAAAGAAAUUCAUCAAGUCAUUAGUGAUAGAGAAAAGAAAGAUGCAUUAAUGGCAGAAAAGCUUCAAAGAGAAAAAGAGAGAAUAAAGUUGGAGAGGAAUAAAGCAGAACAAGAAAAAGAAAGGUUAGAUAGGGAAAGGUUAGAAAAAUUAAAAGCUGAGAGAGAAAGAAUUGACAGAGAUAUAGACCGACUUAAUAGAGACAGGGAUAGACUAGAAAAAACAAAAUCUAAACUCGAAGCUAAAACAGAGAGAGUAAACAAACCUGCAAAUAGCACAGUAGAUAGGUCAAAAUUAAAUGCUAGAGAGCAACCGGUUAAACACGAGUUAAAAAAGAGCAUAGACUUAAAGAGUCAAAAUACCUAUCGGAUAGAUAAAAAUAUAACGGAGAAAAAAGAUCUCUAUACCUAG